GUGUCUGUUAUGAAGUGAGCAAAUGCGAGAUGUCCUGCGAGAUGCAUGACUCCUGUGCGUGUUGAAAUUUAUAACGGAGACAAAAAGAGGAAAUGAGUCUUUCCGUGGUCGCUUCUUCUUUUGUGAGUUUCAAAGAGUAAGACACCGGAGGAUCACUCGAUAAGGUGAGAUGAGGGACCGACUGGGAGAGCUGUCCUCAAAGGCUGCAGAGGAGGAGUGCAGGCCUCAGGAGAGCCAGAACCCCACCCAAUAUGACGAUGAGGAGCUUCUGGAGCAGCAAGCCAUUGUGUUUGAGGGCGAGGACGAGAUGGAUAGCACAUUCAAAGAGGCCCAGGCACUCAGGAAGGAGAUGCUGCUGCUCAGAAUGGACGUGAAGCGGCUUGGGAAGCAGAACACAAGGUUCCUCACAUCCGUCAGGAGGUUCAGCAGCAUCAAGCGAGACUCCAACGCACUCGGAAGGGACAUCAAGGCCAGGGGGGAAGCCAUUUACAAUCGACUGCAGAAGCUGGGAAAGCUAAGCAAAGAGCUUGAGGAGGAGCAUGGGCCUACAGCUGCGAUUGCUCGCAUGGUGCGUUCACAGUACAUCUCUCUAACUACAGCCUUUCACAAUGCCAUGUCUGAGUACAACGAGGCCGAGAUGGUCCAGAGGGAGAACUGCAAGACCCGCAUCCAGAGACAGGCGGAGAUCAUGGGCAAAGAGGUGAGCAGGGACCAAAUUGAUGAGAUGAUUGAGACAGGCAAGUGGAACGUCUUCUCGGAUAAUCUGCUCCUGGAGGGGAGGACCGCAAGAUCCGCGCUGAACGAGAUCGAGACCCGACACAAGGAGCUGCUGGAGCUGGAGGGCCGCAUCAGGGACAUUCAUGACCUCUUCUCCCAGAUGGCCCUGCUUGUGGAAGAGCAGGGCUGCAUGCUGGAUAACAUAGAGGCAAAUGUCGGGACAACUCAGGACUAUGUUGCCAAAGCCACGGUUCAGGUCAAGAAAGCUGUGAAAUACAAGAAAAGCAAUCCAUGCAAGAAGCUGUUUUGUUGUUGCUUCCCUUGCUGCAGAUGAGGCAGCAUCAGUGUUAUUUUUUUCAAUGUCGUCAGAACAUCUAGAUUAGAUUCACAUCUGUUUACAUUGCAAAUAUGCCUGUAGUUCUUGCGUUCAUUUUGGUUGGAGCUAGAUAGAUGUUGGAUUUUGAGACUGACACCAGUACCAGUUAUGAAGGUGAAAAGUCAGACGGUUGUGGCAGACAAAGUUUUACGCUUUGUGAAUAUGCACAUGAACUAAACAAAAUGUAUUGUAAAUAAUGGUCCGCUUGGCUGAACUUCUCUGUUACAUGAGAUGCAAGCAGUGCUGAGUACACUUUAGAGUCAGAGAAGGAAAUGCUUGAUGAACCUCAUAAUCAUACCAUGUCUAUAUCAACCCAUGCAUUGUUCUUUGCAUAACAUGAUCUGUAAAAAGAAAAAGAAAAA